UCUGCCGGAGCUCUCCCUCCGCUGGUCUCUCACUCUCAUUUUGCUGCUGCUGCUGCAAUAGUGAGUGUCGUUGUGGGUUGUGGGUUGUGCCGGUAGCUAGCAUCAGGGCUUCUUCCACUCCGGGACAUUCAUUGUGUUGCUGCCACACCCGCGUGCGUCGUCAUCAGGAAUCGUGACUGACUGACUGUUUUCAACAGGUUUGCGGUGUCUGGAAUUUCGGGCUUUCUUCUGCGCUAUACCUGGAGCGUGGAGACGGUGCUCGACUUGAGGGAAAAAAAGGGUUUUCGAGUGGGUAGGUGAUUGCGAUUUAGGUGGAAGGUGUCACCAUGCCGAGGUACUACUGUGACUACUGCGACACGCAUCUAACUCAUGACUCUCCUUCGGUGAGAAAACAACAUUGUGCAGGAUACAAGCACAAGGCAAAUGUGCGGCAAUACUACCAGCAAUUCGAGGAGCAACAGACACAAAGUCUAAUUGAUCAAAAAGUGAAAGAACAUUUAGGGCAGACAGCAGCUGCAUUAGCACAACAACAAGUUGGUGGAGCUGUUUAUUCACAUUUGGCAACUCUAGGAGGCGGUUACAAGCCAAUGGCUGCCCCAGGUCUUUUACGACCUCCCGUGUUGGCAGCUGUACGGCCUCCUGUUCUGCCCCCUCCAUCUGGACCUUCUUCAGGCUAUGGAAGUGGAGCAUUACCUUCGUACAGACCUCCAGUGGUUCCACCCCCUGGUGGUAGCUCCAAUCAGUAUUAUAAUAAUAAUGGCCCCUCACAGUACUCAACCAGCAAUGGUGCUCCACAGUACUCGGUGAACAACAGCUUGGUGCCACAGUCUUACUCUUCAAGUAGCUCGGGUGCUCAGUCUCAGUAUAUGUCGAGUGCCAAUGGAGGGCAGGCUCAGUAUCAAACAAGCAGUGGAGGUACCCAGCAGCAGCAGUAUUCUAAUGGACCAACCAGACCUCCAAUUUCAUCGACAUACAAUCAGGGGCCCAUGUAUCAAAGGUAGAAUGGUGUAAGUGAGGUGAGAACCCUCAGUGUAGAAUUGGACUGUUAUGGUCUAAUUAGUAGACAUGCAUUUGCCUUGGGACUACUUGGGUCAAAUGUGCUCAAAAUCACAUGCAGCGAAUGGCAUUCCACGAUCUUUCUUCAGUGACGAUGAGUUCAAGGCGUUCCUGGCGGGAAGAUGUGGUGCAGGUAGUGUUGUCUGGUAAAAAUGUACUUGCUAAGUUAUAGUCAGGUUAAUAGUUUUCCUGAUGGGCUGACAAACGUUUCAUCUUCUUCAAGUCUUAAUUGCGUUAUGCGGAUGUGUUUGUAAGUGAUGCCACAUUAUCGGGUAUUGAGUUAUUCCUACCAGGAAGGAAAGUUUGUGGUAAUCAUACUACGUUAUAACUCUUGUAGAUAGUUUAGUUGAAUGUCUGUCUAACUGGAAAGGUGUGGUCGAGGACAAUGGUAACAGAUUCGGCACGGAGGUAUCUUCGCUUGGUUUCUGUUGAACUUAUUUCUGAUACUAGCAUCUUCAUAUUUCAUUUGAGUGUGUCUAGCUCGUUUCAAAUUACUUCAUGGUAUCUGAAUCAUAUACUGCGUCAUCAAGGCGCCUUGUGAAGGUUUGUUCACUUUGUGAUUAUUGAAUUUCGUUUGUAAGGUAAGCAAGGAUGUCUUGUGUACCUCGUAAGUUUUAGACCGUUCUAAGUUUAUUCUCUGCUAACUUUCACCUCAUUACAAUUAUAACUUUCUCUUGUUCUAGUUUGCCCUUCAUGGGAAAAAUACCACUUACAGUUGGUGAUUAAAAUUGCAUCCGUUUCAGUUCUUUCUGGAUUUUGUAUUUUCGCGAAAUUUCACAGGUGGUGGUUCAGAUUCCUAGCCGGUACAGUUGUUCCACUAUCCUCUUCCCCUUUAGAUGCAGUUUAUCUUCUGAAAUAUGGCUGUUUUUUCUGGGAUUGUGUAAAAUGUGUUAAAGAUAAUCUUGUAUGUCGAGCAAGAAGGGUCUACCGGCUCGGUAUCAAUUAAGCCCUGGAGGUUCUCUGCAGCCGUUAUUCCGUUGAACCAUACGGUGUCUACUCCAUCAACAUACAACCAAGGACUUGCUUGUUAAAAGAAGACUGGUGUAAGCAGGAUGAGAACUUAGUCCUGAAAAUUGUGUCGAUUGAAAAGGAAAGAACGAAAGUUGGAGUUCGAAGUCGCUAGACUUAACGAUUAUCCUAGAAUAUAGGUCUCAGCAUGUGUGAAUAAUCUCUUUUGUAGCUUCCACAUCUGUUGACCAAUUUGUGACUUCCACAGUUAUCUGGUGACUACUUCCUCGCC